AUGGCCGCGAUUUCCGCUUCAGGAGGAGGCAGCUUACCUCGUAAGGAGUGCUCUCUUCGCCCCUCCCGUUGGACUCCAGCUCCGUUCCUGUCAAGCGCCGUUCUCGCUCGCCGUCUUGGGGAGUUGGGAGAGAGUGGAACGAUCGGUGAGGAGGAAGAGGAGCAUGCAGGGGAGCAGACUGGGGAGCAGGCUAAGGAGCAGGCAGCAGCAGAGAUGCCUCCUGUUGCUUCUGAUCAACCCAAUCAACGGCUCACAGCGCAUUUGGACUUGAGUGAGGUGAAGCGGCAGCUGCAGCGGUCGAACGAACGGACCACAGAGAACCUGAAGUACCUGAGGAGUCGCCUGCACGCGUCCAACGAGUGGACGGCGAAGCACCUGAAGAAAUCGAAUCAACAGACCAGGGAGAACCUGAAGCACCUGAGAAAUCGCCUGAACGCGUCUAAUGAGUGGACGCUUAGCCAUCUGAAGAAGGGGCACCAGUGGACGUAUGAGCGGCUAAGAGAAUCAAAUCAACGGACACGAGAGCACCUGCAGCAUCUGGCUGAUUCUGACCACCUGCAGCAGCACCUGUCGCACCUGGAGCACCUGAAGCACCUGGAGGGGCACCUGGACGUGCGGGCACUGAAAUCUAGGUUGGACGCGUCCAACGCCAAGACAAGGGCGCAGCUGAGGCACCUGGGAAUCAACCUGGAGCACCUGGAGGGACACCUGGACGUGGGGACUCUCAAGGCAAGGCUGGACGCGUCUAAUGCCAAGACCAGGGCGAGUUUGAGGCGGUCAGGCAGGCAGGCGUCUCACACAGUGCAUGGAGUGGCUGAUGAGAGAGCAGCAGGAGGUCAAGAUGGUGGGGACGUCUCCAAAACUGCGAGCAGUGCAUCAGCCAAGAGCAAUCCUACGCGCAAUCCGUACCUGAGUGGCAACUUCCGUCCAGUGGGCACCGAGGAGCUGCAGGAGCUGGACUGCGCUGUGAUCACACUUGAUUUUCGUCCGGUGGCCACCUCCUUUUUCCUUGCCACUCUGCAUCUCUGUCUGUCUGCCCCUCUGUGUCUACACCAGGUAAUCGGCCAAAUCCCUCCCGGGCUGAGGGGUCGGUUCAUCCGCAACGGCCCCAACCCUCAGCUGCCUCCCUCCAGCCCCGCGCUCUACCACUGGUUCGACGGGGAUGGCAUGGUACAUUCAGUGAACUUUCACCCGCCUGAGGAGAACUUUCACCCUGCUGGGAGGAACCUUCACUUCCCCAGGGAGAACCUUCACUUGGAUGAGGAGAACUUUCAUUCCUCUCGAGUGAGCUACGGGCGGCGCUACAUCCGAACGACAGGCUGGCAGGAGGAGCGGGCGGCGGGGCGGACGCUGUUUGGAGGGUUGCAGCAGGUGGGGCUGGGGGCGAGUCACCUGCUGCUGGCAGCAAUGAACCUUCUCGGGCUGAGACAGCAAGAUGCACCCAUGUGGAACAUGCAGGUGGCGCUGGGGGCGAGUCACCUGCUGCUGGCUGCUAUGAACCUUCUUGGACUGAGACAGCAGGACGCGCCUAUGUGGAACAUGGUGAGGAGCAGGAGGGGCGAGCCAUCUGUUGCUGGCAGCAAUGAACAUCCUCAGGCUGAGGCAGCAAGAUGCGCCUAUGUGGAACAUGGUGGUACAGCAGGUGGGGCUGGGGGCGAGCCAUCUGCUCUGGCUGCAAUGAACAUCCUCAGGCUGAGACAGCAGGACGCGCCUAUGUGGAACAUGGUUGUGCAGCAGGUAAGGCUGGGGCCGAGUCACCUGUUGCUGGCUGCAAUGAACCUUCUCAGGCUGAGACAGCUGGACGCACCCAUAUGGAACAUGUUCGAGGAGGGUCCAUAUUUCUCAAGUACUCAUCCUGGCCAGUAUGGUCCAGUAUGGUCCAACCAAGACCGUGUCCAACAACCAUAUCAUCCAGCACGCCAGUCGCCUCCUCUUUUCAUUCUGCCUCUGUCCUUCUCCGCCCUCCCCUCCUCUCCCCGCCCCCCCCAUCAGACCAAGAACGUGUCCAACAACCAUUUCAUUCAGCACGCCGGUCGCCUCCUCUCCCUCUGGGAAGCAGGCCUUCCCUAUUCCCUCGACCCUUCAACCCUUGACACCAAGGGCGUCCACUCGUUUGAUGACACGUGGCGCAGCGGGAUGACAGCUCACCCGAAAGUGGAUCCGGUCACGAACCACAUGAUGAUCUACGGUUACAACCUCACACACAAGCCCUAUCUCCGCUACGGGGUGGUUGACCCCUCCGGCGCUCUCAUUCACGCCACUGACCUCGACCUGCCACACCCUGUCAUGAUGCAUGACUUCGCCAUAGCACAGCACUACAGCAUAUUCCUCGACUUCCCGCUUCGCUUCCAGCUAGACAAAGUCAUUCAGUCGCAUGGCAAGGCCAAGCCUUUCGUUUUCGACCCGUCCAAGCCAUCCCGCAUAGGAGUGCUUCCUCGUUUUGGCUCCAAUCCAGACAUUUGCUGGUUUACUGUGGCGCCAGGGUUCUGUCUUCAUGUGGUUAAUGCAUUCGAAGAACCCUCUUCCCAUUCCUCCUCUCCCACCUCCUCUUCCACCUCUCCCUCCUCCGCCUCUUCCCCCUCGUCACCCACCCCACACUCCCCUCCUCCCGCCAUCAUCCUACGUGUCAUCCGCUUCCCCGCCUUCUCAGCGCUGGGCCUUGCUGAGCUGGCAGAUGAGCUGGCAUGCGAUGAGGUGGCACGGCUGCACGAGUACAGGCUGGACCUGCAAUCGGGAGCAGUGGAGGAGCGGCCCUUGUGCAAGGUGUGCUGCGACUUCCCCUCCAUCAACCCCAAUUUCACGGGUCGCCCCCAUCGCUUCGCCUACUCUGCCCGAUUCACAGCACAGCCCGGCCCAGGCACCACUGUCCCCUCAUUCAAUGCGAUCAUGAAGCAUGAUUUUCAACAAGGCACAUACCAGGUGCAUUCUCUCCCACCCGGGAGGUUCUGUGGGGAGCCUGUGUUUGCUCCACGGCACCACUUCCAGAGCAGCAGCAGGGUGCAGAGCGGUGAAGUGCGGUCAGAAACAGUCGGAGUAGGUGGAGAUACGGUGGGGAUGGGUGCAGAGGAGGAGGAUGAUGGAUGGGUGGUCGGAGUAGGUGGAGAUGCGGUGGGGAUGGGUGCAGAGGAGGAGGAUGAUGGAUGGGUGUUGGCACAUGUGUGGGAUGAGGAGGAGAUGAGGAGCGAAGUGAUUGUGCUAGAUGCAAUGAAUCUGGACAAGCAGCCACUGGCGCGGGUCAUUCUUCCGAAGAGAGUACCAUAUGGUUUCCAUGGGACGUUUCUUCCAGACUGA